GAAGGCUACAGGCCGACCGGUUCCGGCUUGGGGACGGGGAUGCGCGUGCGCAGUGCGUCUCCCUCGUCGGCGCGCUUCUCUGGCGUUCCUGUUCCGAUCGCUUCUUCAUUGUUUUUUUUCUGAGUGUCGCGGGCGGCGGCGCCCAGUCGGGUCGGUCGGCGAGCCGCACGCGAGCGAAACGGCACCGUGGAACGGAGAAGGGCCGAAAGCAUGGCGGAAAACAGAGAACCCCGUGGUGCCAUCGAGGCCGAGCUGGAUCCCGUGGAGUACACCCUUCGGAAACGACUUCCUCACCGCCUGCCCCGGAGGCCCAAUGACAUUUAUGUCAACAUGAAGACUGACUUUAAGGCCCAGCUAGCCCGCUGCCAAAAGCUGCUGGACGGAGGCAGUAGAGGGCAGAACGCAUGCGCUGAGAUUUACAUCCACGGCUUGGGCCUGGCCAUUAACCGCGCCAUCAACAUCGCCCUGCAGCUGCAGGCAGGCAGCUUUGGGUCCCUCCAGGUGGCUGCCAAUACCUCCACCGUGGAGCUGGUGGAUGAACUGGAACCAGAGACUGACUCCCGAGAGCCCCUAACCAGGAUCCGGAACAACUCAGCCAUCCACAUCCGGGUCUUCAGGGUCACACCCAAGUAAUCGAAGCCGACUCUUACCCAUCAAUUCCUUUGCACACACACAUCCGUGUGGCUGAGGUUGCUGCUGGUUCGUAUGGCUCUUGUUCUGGGCAUGGACCUGUUGUCAGAGCCUCUUAAGAAAACAAAUGUUCCCUCAGCAUAGAGGACUGAAAAUGGAGAGCCCAAGAAGUGAAUCCUCCUUGUC